CGCCUGCGGAGGCAGGGUCACGUGACCUUCUGUUUACAUCCUCUCAGCUGUUGGGGCCCCUCCUCCCCUCGCCGUCUCUCACCAACACAAACGGCGGCGGCAGGGACCCGCCGACCCCUCAGACGUGUGGGCCCGGGGAGGACAGCUCAAGGGGUACGCCGGCCCUCUGCUUGCGCCGGUUGCCGCUCUCUCGGCGAUCGCCCCGCUGCGCCUUGCGCGGGCGACCGGAGCGCUAUCCCACCUGCCUUUUACCCCAGGCGGGUCUCACCACAGCCCCCCCGCGAAGGGUUCGGGGCCCGCUGCAGAACGGGAGACCUUUGUGAUGUACUUCUGAAAGAAGAACUGAGAAUCCAUUACAUACUUACUUUGGGGAAAACUCUCCUCCUAAUGUGCUUUGCAAACUAAUUGAAUUAUCAUAGAAAUUCAGCAUGGGAGGAGCUGUGAGUGCUGGAGAAGACAACGAUGACUUAAUUGAUAACUUGAAAGAAGCUCAGUACAUUCGCACUGAGAGUGUGGAGCAAGCCUUCAGAGCGAUUGAUCGUGGUGAUUAUUAUCUGGAAGGAUACAGGGACAAUGCUUAUAAAGACUUGGCCUGGAAGCAUGGAAAUAUACACUUGUCAGCACCUUGCAUUUAUUCUGAAGUCAUGGAAGCACUGAAGCUUCAGCCUGGAUUAUCUUUUCUAAAUCUGGGUAGUGGAACCGGAUACUUGAGUACAAUGGUGGGAUUAAUAUUAGGACCUUUUGGGAUAAACCAUGGAAUAGAGCUUCAUUCAGAUGUGGUAGAAUAUGCCAAGGAAAAAUUGGAGUGCUUCAUAAAAUAUAGUGAUAGCUUUGAUAAUCAACUUCUAGACCUAGAAUAUCCAGCUUGGAGAGAGAGCCACAGGGCAAGGCUAGGUUGCCCAUCUUCUAGCACCCUAUCAAAAACCAAACCUGGGUAAGCUGGUGAAGUCCCUGCUGUGAAGGAAAAUCUCCCACCCUUCUCAGGAUCAAAAGAAACCACUUCAAUGAUUUGAAUUCUGUGAACCUGCCUUUGUGGUUGGUAAUUGUUUGGAAAUAGCCUCAGACAGUCACCAAUAUGACCGGAUUUACUGUGGAGCUGGAGUCCAGAAAGACCAUGAAAACUACAUGAAAAUUUUACUGAAAGUUGGAGGCAUUCUAGUAAUGCCUAUAGAAGAUCAGUUAACACAAAUCUUGAGAACGGGACAAAACACAUGGGAAAGUAAAAAUAUUCUUGCUGUUUCGUUUGCUCCACUAGUGCAACCAAACAGAAAUGACAAUGGUAAACAUGAUACCGUGGGACUGCCUCCAUGUGCUGUUAGGAAUCUCCAGGACCUAGCUCGAAUAUAUAUCAGACGCACCCUUAGAAACUUCAUAAAUGAGGAGAUGAAAGCCAAGGGUAUUGCUCAGAAGGCUCCUCCGAAACGAAAACGUAGGAGAUGUCGUAGACGCAGGAUUAACACCUAUGUGUUUGUUGGUAAUCAGCUCAUUCCUCAGCCUCUAGAUAGUGAAGAAGAUGAAAGAAUGGAAGACGAUAACAAAGAGGAGGAGGAUAAAGAUCACAGUGAGACCUUGAAGCCAGAAGAGCCUCCUCGAAAUUUAUUGAGAGAAAAAAUUAUGAGUCUACCAUUACCUGAAUCUUUAAAAGCAUACUUGACCUAUUACAGAGAGAAAUAACUUGUUUUAAGUAGAAAUAAUGCCUACUGAUAGUUACUUUAUUCUUGAAUAUGUAGCAUUUAUUAAGAAGUAGGUGGACAAAUUAUUGUUAGUCUUUCAUCAAGACUGAAGUACAGCGAUAAAUCAUAACUUGUCUCUAUCUUUGCUACAAGGAAGACUUGCAUUCAACAGUAGAAUCCCUUUUUAAAAAUCUAUUUUUCUUUAACUUUUGAAAAUGCUGUUUUAACUCUGAUAGAAAUAUAUAUUCCAUUAUGCAGCACUAAUCAGUAUUUUGCAUGGUAAGUCUUUUUUGAUCCCUAACAGAUUUUUAUUGAUAAAAGGAUGAGUGAAAUUUUAUAUAUGCUAAAUAAUUGUUAAACAUGUGCAUCUGACUUGAUGAGCAAUUUGUCUGUAUUUAUUAUUAUUAGGGGAACAUUUUAAACAUGCAGACACUUAUCCUCUAAUGUCAGAAUCAGACCCUAUUAAAGUUUAUUUUAUUAUGGCUUUGUUGCAAUCAUUAUUCCUUAUGUUGGUAUAGAUGUAUUCCAACAACACAAGUGCAAUAAUUAUAUUCAGACACUGAAUGCGCUGGCUUUAAUGAAAUAAGAAAAUACAAGUUCCGAAAUGUCAGAUGACCCUGCUAUUUCUGCAUUUGUAUCUUUUGCCAAAAGAUCUUGAGAAAAGUAACAGCUUCUCUCAGAGCCUUAAAGAAACAUCACAUUGAAUAAGAAGCAAAGCAAUGCUUACUUCAGCUCUGCUUAUAUUUAACUCCAUUCUACACUUUCAGUAUUCCUAACUAGAGGCAUGUCCUCAUUUGUGGGAAGUUUGGGACAGGACAUUUUGUUUAUUUCUGCAGCUCACAACACUGAGUCAAAAUGUUUGGUAACACAAAAUUGUAAUUUAGGUUGCAGUCAUCUAUAUUUACUGCUUUUAAAUAGAGAUAGGAUUUCAACAAAAGUUUAGUUUGUAUUGCUUAUUGGGAUAGCUAUAAUAGUAGAAGCUAGAAUUUGUUCAGCAAAUGCACUUUAGUAAGUGAAUUUUAUACUUAACAUGCAUCUCCAAGAAGGUAGACUUGUGCUAGCCUAUAUUUUGUUUCUGAGCAUGGCUCUUAGCACAAAAAUAUUUAUAAAAUCAUAUCCAUCUUUUGGAAAUCUAAGAGUAGCAGUGCAACUGUGGGGACCCACAAUAGUGCUGAUUUAAGACCUACUAUUUUUCCUCCUCUAGUUGUGAAGUUACUGGCAGUACUCAUUUUCAACUUUUUUUGCCUUUACCAUCUUAAUUUCUUCAUUCAGUUAUAACCAUGAGGGAAAACACUGUUUGUUAAGAACUUGGCAUGAUGUUCAUUAAAAGCCACAAUCAUUGGAAACAUCUGCUUGUUGAACCCAGUGAAAAACAUACCUCUUAAAAUAUCCUGCACGAUACAUUUUAUAAUACUAGUAUUUUUUUGUGUAAUAACAAUAAAACAAAAUAAUCACAUCUUUCUAAAACAGUAAAUGUUCUUAGUCCAAGUAUAACCAGCCAAUAUUCAUGUGGUCCUAACAGUCCAAUAUUGACCUCAAAAUAUAUAACUGUUUUUUGCAUCUGAGAAGGAAGAUAAUGCGUAAUCCCAUGACACUGACUCUUUAUGAUGCAUUUCAUGCUGUAGUCCCUGUUUUUUAGGGUACAUUGUAGUGGUGUGUAAGUGGAACUUCAUGAAGGCCUGUUGUACCAGCAUGUGGAGUUACUUUCCGCAAUAUAUUUACAGUAUAAGUAGACAAAACUAUUUGAAAUAAAUAUUCUGACUUUAUUUUAAAAGCAGGAAAAACUAAUAAGAAAUAAGUUUCCAAAAUAAUGAUACUAAUAAAGCAAUUGUGAUGCUUCAGUUUUAUGAAUUGAACAUAAUCUUGUUUUAAAUGAAUUAUUUUAGAUGGAGUUUAAAUAAUCUGGAGUUUGAGAUGGUUUUUGUCUCUCCUUUGCUUGAAAUCUACAUCCAUAAGCUCAAGAGUAUGAGAUUAUUAAAUGUUACUUAAAUACUUUAAGGACUUUAUACAGGAUGCUUUUGGAGAAUAAAUUUCUGUAUUCUUUCACGCCUGUAUACUUGGCAAAAAUGGAAAGUGGAUGACUUGUCAUGAUUUUUCAGUAUGUAAGGGUUUUUUUGAGUUGCUGAAAGAGGAUGUUUCUUCUGUGUUUUAUAUGUGGAUUUAUUUUACACUCUUGACUUUAUAUUUACAUAAAUAAAAAGGUAGAAAUGCAAAAUGAAUGAAAACUUAAUUUUUGCCAUCUCAGUUAUGAUGGGGACAUUGUUGCAAUAAAAUGGUUUUUUUGGUGGUUUCUGCUUGCUUGA